GUUCCUUUAUAUCCUUGCAGUUGUGAGUUAAACUCAGAAGGGAUCGCUCUGGGGAAGGCAGGUAUUGCUGCCCUCUGUCACAAAAGGUAGCAUAGACAUCUGCUGUUCUGCUGCCCUGCCAGUUCUUAAUCUUGCAUGUGAAGCAAACCAGGAUGGCAAAUGGUUUACUGCCAGGCACUGUGCUGUAAAACUGUGAUAGAUCAGCUCCUAGUUAAUGAGCAGCUCAGCUCUUAGGGAAGAUGACGGAACUUAGAAAUGAGUUGAGAGGGAAGCUGGAGCUGGAAACAACUACAGCUUUGUUGUUCGCAUGGCAGUUCUUAAUAUUCUGUAUAAGGCCUAUCUUCAGAGCUCUCCUUUUCUGUUUUUAAAGGACCACAAUGAUUGAUACAUUGCCUGUUAGUUAAUGUGUUUACUGUUGUAAAAACAAACUCAAAAAUGCCUUCCCCAUCGCCCCCCCACCCAAAAACCCAUGUAGUUCUGCACAAUAGUAGUGUUGGGUGGCUCCACAUAAAUGUGGUGUUUUUUUAUUUCAUUAGAGUAUUUUCCUUUACUUUGUUCACUAGAUUUGUUUCAGGAGGAAUACAGCUGCUACACAAAGAAUAAUGCCAGAAGUUUUAAGAGGGUUAAUGCGGUACUGUAGAACAAGGAAUGUCCAAGCAUGAAAGCAAGUAUUUCUUGUCCUGUUGUACCUUUGUGCUCUCUCUUGUGGUACUGUUGCUGGGUUGUACUUGAAGUUUACAUUCCAUAUCACGUUAAGCAUUGUUGCAUUGUCUCGUCUCAGAUACCCCUUCUCAGUCUGCUGGCUUUGAGGUCUUCUGUGUUACUCUACUUUUCAGUCCAUCAACCUUGUUUUUGUUCUUCCUGCACUUUAUCUGAACUGUUUUGUAUCAGCAGUACAUAUCAAAACACAGCAAUUGCUGGGAGAAAUCAAUGAGCACUAGGAGGUAUAAAUUAUUGGAAAGAAAAUUAAUGGAACUGCUUGUGCAUUGACUAAAGAUGGAUUAUGUUGAUUGCGGGGCUAGGGAACGAUGUAUUGCUCAAUCUAUUUUGGUUAAAAAAAAUAAUAAGGAAAUCAUGCCAUAGUUUAAUCUCUGAGUCAUCUUUAUCUGCUAUAUGCAUAAAAUACUUCUUGUUUGUUUUAAGGUCCACUAAAAUACUUUUCUUCUUUCAUGGUGUAACAUAACUUCUUUCCAGUGAUGCUCUAGGAAUCUGUUCCUCAGGAUCAGUGUGCAGUUCCAACCUGUAAGUGAACUACCAUACUUUUGUUGAGGCAAGAUGUGGCAGUUGCAGUAGUUAUUUGUAAUUAUAAAAUAGGCAGGUUAGAACUCAGCUGUCUCUGAAAUGGGAUGCCUGGCCAGUUUGAUGAAAUUGAUGCACUUCACCGAUAAAUGUGUUGCUCUUUGGAAAGAAGAAUUGCAUACAGAUAAUUUUGAACAAAACAAUAGAAACUAACAUAGUGGCUUUUGACAUAAUUAACUAAAAUGUUGUUGAAAACAGUAAUUUUUGUUCUUAAAGUAAGUUAACUUUCUAUGCCAGCCAUUUAACAAGAAAUUCACAUUUGAAGUGUUUUAAAUGUGAAUUUCUUUCUGAAUGAGACAGAGAAGGUGCGAUUAGGAAGUUUUUUGACUUGAAUUCCUGAAGUUAAAAUAGUUACUAAUAUUUUAACUACUUCGGAGAUCUCAUAAGACCCCUUUCUCGAGAAGUGUGUGCUUGUAGUAGUCCCCUUGUUUUUAUUAAAUUCUCUGCUAUUCCUAGAGUUAAGAUUUUUAAUAAUACACAUAGCUUACAGAUGAAUUUAGGAAGGAUUAAUCAAGUGACCUGUUACAGCCCAGACUUUUAUGCUUAAAUACUACAUCAGUAUGAUUUUUUUUAAAUGUAGGUCAUGGGAUUAGCAUCAGGAAAUGUGCACAUUUUGGCAGCGGGGAUGCUAUGCUGUCUUCCAUGAAGGCAGCUUUUAUUCACUGCUGGGGGCAGGAGGAGUCAGCCAUGAGCUGCAGAGCUGUGUGUUACAGGUGUGUGUCCCUGCCAUGAACUUCAUUGCUGUUCUCUGCUGAUCAGUAUUAUAUUUUGAGGGAAUGGCAAACUAUCCUAAAGGUUUAUUUUCAAAUAAAGGGAACGAUGAGUCCUCAGGUAUUAGAAAAUCUGGGUAUGCAAGCAAAAGCUGGUGGUUUAUGCAAAGCAGGUCCAGCUGGAGAUGGAUGAUUGCUCAGUAGAUGUUCUGUGUGGCCUUGCUGCAUGAUAAUAGCCUCUGGCACACUGAGGAUUUUGCACAUGAAGUAAACCUCUAAACUUCUGAAAUAUGGGUUUGUACUCAGAGUUCUGAACUAAAACAAUGAUAUCUUGAAGGGUAUUCUGUAAUGUGUAACUGCUCCUUUGAGUUUCUAGCUAUCUGAUAAAACUGUUUAGAUGGAAAGUGGGGGCUGAUCAAUCAAACUGUGAGGGUAAUUCUUUGUAUGUACAGAAUAGCUCUGAAACGCAGCUUUAAAUUUCAGACUUCUAAUUACUGUUUCCCAGUGGUAUAGCUGGAACUCUGUGUCACUGGCAGUGGUUUGGGAAGGCUGUGUAAUCCCUUGGGCUUUAAGAUAGCUGAUUAUUACCACAGAACAGUAUGCAGGCUGUAAGAAAUAAUGUUUUUAGAAGGAAUUUUAUAAGGUAACUAACUUGCCAUUCCUGGUUCAACUGAUUUUAUAGCUGCCAUGUAGCUUGAUGUCUAGUGUUGUGCUGUGUUGGUUCGGUAGCUGGAACAAAGUAUCUGCACCUUGAAGUAGUAAAUGUCUGCCUGUGUACAACCAUCCUUGCUGACAGUAGGAUCUGUCCCUUUCAGAUGAGUGUAUGAUGUUAAGGAAAACAGGCUACAUUGGUAAAGAAACUUCCUUUUUUUUUUUUAACCUUAGUAGUAAUACUGAUGUUUUCCUAGUGGUUUUGUGUUGUUUUUUUUCCUCUCUAGUGAAAUCAUUUGUCUAAAUUUUCAAAACAACCUCUUAUGUACAAGGAGGAUGUGUUAUGCAAGCCUGAAGUGAUAUAAUGGUUGUAGAUGCUAGGUUUCAGUAGUGUUGACUGAGAUCCGUUUUAAGCUAUACUGAUAAAACCACAACUACGCUCAAAAUGCAUGUCUAUACAGAAGGCUGCAUACACAUUGAUCAAACUCCUCAGCUGCCUCGAGGCUGGGCAACUGUCAGCAUCUCCUCUGAUGAGCAAUGCUCCAAUGUCCUCCUCAUCAUCUGCGUGUGACUGCUCAUGUUGUAGGUUGCUUUUGGUGUGGUUGGCUGUUGCUUUCCAGAAAGCUCAAACUGGAAGGUGCUGCUCCUAAUGCCAAGGAGGUUAAUUUUCACCUCAAUUUUGUACCAGACAAAAUAGCAAAUACUUGAUAAUGGUUCUUAAAUGUGUAACUGUAUUGAGGUCUGGGGUGUUUUCUUUCAUCCUUCCAUCUUCUCUCUCUCGCUUUCACCAACCUUCAGGAAAAACAACCGUAGUUUCGUCUGCAGAAGUUUUUUGGGCAUGGAGACUUGUAGUCUGGUGGGUGUUGGAGCUGAGAUCAAGUUUCAGGUUAAGUUUUUGCCUCAAUAUGGCUGCUUAAUACAUUCAAUUCAAAAGCAUAAUAGAUCAACAGCAGAAAGAGCACAUACCUGUAGUUGGGAAGCUUUACCUGGAAGCAGUGGUGCUUCUGCCUUCUGAGGGUUGCUGCAAUUUUGUAUUUUUAGUCUGGGCUGCUGUGCCUUAUUACUUGGUGCUGAAUGCUGUGGGCAUGGGGAUGUUGGUUGUACCAACCAUUGGUAGGGCUGGCUGACUUCCAGGUGCUAUUGGUGUCAUGGUUUAACCACUUGAGCCACGCUUAAAGUAUUCUGUGGUCCUUCCUGUUCUCUCCUGUUUUAGAAAUCCCACUUCUUGAUGGUGAGAACCUCAAACUCUCAGCUAAGAAGGGUUAUAAGGGCUGAUUAAGGCAGAGUGUGUAUCAAGUUUGUUACACUGAGGAGUUUUUGCUGAGUCAGUACUGUGGUGAAGGAAUGAAGUGGCCUGUAAUUUUCAUGUUGCUUUUACCAGACUAUGUUUUAUCUAAAAGUGGAAAGUUGUGGCAAUUCAAAUCUUUCUUAAGUGGUUUGUCUACUUUUGUUCUUAUAGAUGGAGCUCAUUUAAUGCAGAAGCGAAGAUAUCUCAGUGCCAGGCUUGCAUUCUGCAGGCAUCAUAGGAUGCUUCCAGCACACCUAAGUGAAAAUGGAACCUGCUUUUAGAAAUGAACUGAAGUUUCUGGAAAAGUUUGCUGUUAUGCUUCAUGACUCUUCUUGCAGGCUGGUUAAAGCAGCUUGUUUUUGUUUUUCUUUUCUGCAGAAAGUGUAAGAAUUCUGCAACACCUCUCCUGCAUUAAUGAGGGUGCAGCACAGGACAGUAAUGGUAAUUCUGCCAGAAUUUCACUACAUUUCGUGAUGUCUGCAGUGCGGGUACAUUUUUCUGUCACAACCUCUGGAAGUUGAAUAUUGCUGUUUCUCUCCCCCCCCUAAUGGUGAUAUCAGAUGUGUUUGCUUCCUCAGGGGUGUGGAGAGGGAGGAGAAAUUUGGCUUUUAAGUAAUUUACAUGUUUGACAGCAGAAGUUGGCUUUCUACUGUAGUGAGAGAAAAUAUUUCCGGUUGUUUGAGAGGUGGCAGCAAAGCACACCUUUAGCACAGGAAAAUGAGUGAGCUUGACCAGUUACGCCAGGAGGCUGAGCAACUGAAAAACCAAAUCAGAGAUGCUAGGAAAGCGUGUGCAGAUGCCACCUUGGCUCAGAUCACAGCCAAUAUUGACCCGGUGGGGAGAAUUCAAAUGCGCACUAGGAGAACGCUCCGGGGACACCUGGCCAAAAUUUAUGCAAUGCACUGGGGGACUGAUUCCAGGCUUCUAGUUAGUGCCUCCCAGGAUGGCAAACUUAUAAUUUGGGACAGCUAUACUACAAACAAGGUGCAUGCUAUUCCCCUGCGUUCGUCUUGGGUCAUGACUUGUGCAUAUGCGCCUUCUGGAAACUAUGUGGCUUGUGGUGGUCUUGAUAACAUCUGUUCCAUUUACAACUUGAAAACUCGUGAAGGGAAUGUACGUGUCAGCCGUGAACUAGCUGGGCAUACAGGAUACUUGUCAUGCUGUCGUUUCUUGGAUGAUAAUCAAAUUGUUACCAGCUCUGGCGACACCACUUGCGCUCUCUGGGACAUAGAAACUGGUCAGCAGACAACUACAUUUACUGGGCACACUGGAGAUGUCAUGAGUUUGUCUCUGGCUCCUGAUGCUCGGUGUUUUGUUUCUGGUGCCUGCGAUGCCUCUGCCAAACUGUGGGAUGUUAGAGAAGGAAUGUGUCGGCAAACCUUCACUGGCCACGAGUCGGACAUCAAUGCCAUCUGCUUCUUCCCCAAUGGCAAUGCAUUUGCCACAGGCUCAGAUGAUGCUACGUGCAGGCUUUUUGAUCUUCGGGCUGAUCAGGAACUUAUGGUUUAUUCACAUGAUAACAUCAUCUGUGGCAUCACCUCUGUAGCAUUUUCCAAGAGUGGACGUCUCCUCCUAGCUGGUUAUGAUGACUUCAACUGCAAUGUUUGGGAUACACUGAAAGCUGAUAGAGCAGGUGUCCUUGCUGGUCACGAUAACCGUGUCAGUUGCUUAGGCGUGACUGAUGAUGGUAUGGCAGUGGCAACAGGAUCAUGGGACAGCUUCCUCAAGAUCUGGAACUGAAAAGAGUGGCGGACUCCGUGACUGGAAGAAGUUUCCAACGAUUGAAAAUUAAAAAUGAUAGCAUAUUCAAUCCAACUAUACUAACUUGGACCCCCAUCCUCCCCAACUUCAAAGGGCAAGAUCUUUUCCGUCUCCUGUUGCUGAAAUUGAAGAGCACAAUUACCUUUCCAAGAAGAAUUUCUGUGUUGUAAGCAAAAUGAAAUAGUGCAUUCCUUUUGGGACCAUUUUUUUUUUGUCUUGAGAAUUUAAAAAUCAAACACUAUCAUAAAAGCAUGACCAGAAAAUAAACUUGAGCAUAAUUGUGAAACAGUUAGCUUUCACUGUAGUUUCCAAGUUGAAGUUAAGGACUUUAUCUCACACACUUGCAAAUUUUAAAGUCAUGUUUGUAGCGGGAUUUUUUUCAAGUUUCCUUUUUAAAUACAUUUGUUUAUGUAUUUAAUUGAGCAAAACAAGGGAGUCCUAGCCCAGAGCAUCUGGGGGUUGUUAACGAUGUAAAUUUAGUCCCUACUUUUUUUAUUUUAUUUUCUAGUAUCACAGAUAAUUGUUGCACAAACUUGGCAUAUAUAGGAUAACGUUAAGCAGUAAGGUAACCAAGCACAUGCUGUUCAAGGUAAUGAAUGCUUGUUUAAAGAAUCCUUUCACGUUUUAUGGAUAACAAAUGCAAUCCUUGGUCCCUCCUACCCCCUCUUUUCACCACACUGAUUUUUUUUUAAUCUGUUUUGGUUUUGUCCGCUUGAAAGGGCAGUUUAUAUAUCCUAACACUAUCCUGUAGUCUCAACAACCAGGAAUCUCUGUUUUCAAAAGAGACCUAUCCUACACUUGGGUAUUGAGUCAAUUCUUUGUGUAUGAAAUGAUGUACAAAUCAAUGUUUUGAAAAUAAUGAUCUUGAACUUUCUAAGUUAAACAAAAAAAAAAACCUUUUUUGAUUGUUUGCCAUAUUGGGUGGGUUUACUCUUAGAAUCGCAUGCUGUAGAAAUGCUAAAAAGUGCAUAUUGGACUAAGUCCUUAGAUGUUUUUUUCUUUGAAAAAAUAACCUGUUUAAAAACUGUAACCAUUGUUGCUGUAUUCAUUUAUUGUUGCUACUCUGUGCAUAAAUCUAUGAAGAACUCAAGUAAAAAGCUAUGCACGUUUUGGAGUAGCGUGAUAAGUCACUUUUUUUUUUUCUAAAAAACAAAAGAGAAACAGCCUGUUCAAACAAUCGCUGUCAAAGAUUUUGGGGUGUGGGAGGAGGGAACCUAAACCAUCUUCUUUAUAAAAUCAGUUCCUCACAGCCAGUUCCUCUUGUAGGAUGAGUCCUUUGCAUCUGAUUAGAAUCAUUUUUGUAACAAGCAGGUUUUCCUGGCUUUCUUUUCAAAUAAAAUGUUAAAAGCAGCAGUGUUUGGACAGCGGAUUGUUCUGUUAAACUUUCCUAUCUUCUCACUGUAUCCGGAAAUGCUCCUUCCUAGCAGCAGUAGUAGCUUUUCUCCAUUUUGUUUUUUCUGCAACAUUCUGUACAAAAAUGUGCUGUAAUUGUGCGUUAGGCCUGGAUUUGGCAUAAAAGAUGAAUUCCUUCUUUCUCUCUUUCAUGAAACUACUCUGUAGAGCUUUUUCCACACCCUGUAUCCCUCUUCACCUUUUGUAUUUAAUUUUAAAGUCAGUGUACUUCAAGAAAGCUGGAUGCAAGAUAGAUACUAUAUUAAAAUGUAAUGUUAUUUAAGAUGUAAUAAAGCAGUUUGACAUGA